UUUACCCAAUAUUCAUUGCUUUUAUCAUCACAAAUUGCUGUUUUAUUAGUAGAAUUGUUUAUUUCCAUAAAUCAUUACUGUUUAUACAUGUCUGCACCUGUUUGUUAGGCUACGUUACACGUAGUAAAAAGCGAAUCAGACCACACUUUUACAUCAUAUUGGAAUAAUGCUUAUCUAGGCUCCGAUUGCAAGCAGAAAAUCUGAAUUUCCUAAUGAUACGCGACGUCUAUUAUACCUAGCUAGCGUAGUGCAAACGACUUGGCAACGCGCGUUCUAGAUAAAACUAAAGAAAUCCUGAAAUUGCAUCAAAAGUUAAACUUUUUCACUGUGGCCGGUGUCUGUCUUUGUUUUCCGUGUAGAAACGGCCCUUUGUCCUUCGCCAGGGCCCGCUGGGCGCACCAUGGCACAGGAUUUUCGCCUCUAGAAAAGUGCCAUAAUGUAGGUAAUGAUAUGAUAGUAUACAUUCAUUCGGUACAGCUUCGCCCGUCGCGUCGUUUCAGUCGCGGCUGUGUUAGUACGUAGCUACGUGGAUCGUGUCUAUGUAUUCGUACGGCAGUUUGUUUAUAGUGCGAGCCGCUGUAAAAUGAGCCGUAAACGCUGUGCCGUAAGGUCUGUUUUGUUGCGUAGGUCGGUGUCCUCGCGAGUGUUUGUCUAUCGAUCUCAGCGGUGGCCAAUAGCAUAUGGCGGACUUGCGCGGCGGCCGCGCCUCGCCCGCGCUCGGAGAAAGCCGGUCCUAUACAUUCAUUAUAUUAUUAUGAUGUGGUGAAUGCCAAAGCGUCACGGCUCCUACUCGAAUCUUUUGUCCGAUUCCGCAGCCGACUAGAUUGCUAGAUAUGAAGUUUCAGCUAUGUUCUCUCACUCAAAGCGCUAUAAUCGAGUCAUGUUUUGUGGAGCGAUGUUUGCUGACCUCCGGUAGAGCGUCAUCAAAGAGAGGGGGGAGGGAUCCGCUCGAAAUAGAAGUGCGGAUUGGAAACGAGCGACGUGGCAACGUCGCGCCGCGCGUUUCUCCCUCAGUGUCGGUUCAAAAUGGCGUCUGUGCGUGAUCGAUACUGUGGAAUUUGCGUAAAAAUGACUGAAUUUGUGAUGUACCGAGUUGUGGGUCUGUCCGAGCGUAUCCCUGGGAGCACAGGGCUUGCGUUCCUCAGCAGGCACCAUCUUGCGAAUGGUUCGUGUGAUGGGCGUGGCCUGAGCUCGCCAUGAUGAAGCGGACGGUGGUGGCGCGCGCCGGCGCCGACGAGCUGGCGCAGAUGGCGCAGGCGCAGCCCACGAUACAACAGCAAGGUGCAAGCAACAUGCAUACAUUAGCCCAGACGGCACAACCACAGCUGCUAGGAGCAGCAACCAUGCUGCAAGUGAGCGGCGGCGUUGGCGGCUUCGGGCGCGCGCCCGCCGUCAUCAACUACAUGAAGCAGCCGCUGCAGUACGCCAACAAGCCGCAGCCCCUACCCUUGACCCCUAGACAUAAGCCUCUAGGCAGCCAAUCGCCGGGCCCGCCGCCGACGCUGCCCCCCGCGCCGACGCCGCCCGCGCAGCCCGCGACCCAGUUCCAACGGCUUAAGGUCGAAGAUGCCUUGUCCUAUCUGGACCAAGUCAAAUACAAGUUCAAUACGCAGCCCCAAGUGUAUAACGACUUCUUGGAUAUUAUGAAGGAGUUUAAGAGCCAGACAAUCGACACCCCGGGGGUUAUAACUCGGGUGUCGAAUCUCUUCAAGGGACAUCCGGAGCUGAUAGUCGGGUUCAACACUUUCCUGCCACCCGGGUACAAGAUUGAAGUGCAGAGCAAUGGACAGUCGUACGUCAUCCAGGUGUCCGUGUCCAUGCCCUCGCCGUCGGCGCUCGGCGGCGGCGUGCUGCUGGGCGUGCACCACGCGCCGCAGCCGCAGCUCGUGCAUCUGCUGCCGGUGCCUCAGCCGGAACCUAUUCCGACGAUGACUAUGCCAAGGUCGGUCAGUACUGCGAUAGUGCACAAUCUGUCGGUGGAACAGCCUUCGAAUACGUUGCAUCACAUAUCGCAAGCUCAUCAACAGUUGGAGGCGGCGAUACACCAUCAGCAACAGCCGGGUGGCGUGGCCAGCGGCGGUUCUCAGCACCCGCAGACGCCGCCGGGUCAACCCGUCGAGUUCAACCAUGCUAUUGAAUAUGUCAAUAAGAUUAAGUCGCGCUUCAGCCGCCAGCCGGACAAGUACAAGCGCUUCCUGGAGAUCCUGCACGCGUACCAGCGCGGCCACCGCGACCUGAAGCAGCCGCAGGCCAAGCAGCAGACGGAGCAGGAGGUGUACUCGCAGGUGGCGAAACUCUUCGAGAAUCAAGACGACUUACUAGCGGAGUUCGGGCAGUUCCUGCCGGACGCGAAGGCCCCCGGCGCCGCCAAGCCGCCCGCGCCGCUCCCCGCGCCGCACUCGCCGCCGCCGCCCGCUAAUAUUAGAGAAGAACCAGAGAGAUAUAAUGUCGCUCCUGUGUCGCCGUCGCCGCCGCAACUGCAGACACAUGCUCAGAUCCCGAAGCACCCGGGCCCAGCGCCGGCCGCGGCGCCCGCGCAGCCGCCGCCGCACCCGCAUCUCAAGAGAUCACCGUCUUUCUCAUCUACUACUGGUACUAUGGCAUCCGGCGCGCCGCCGCCGAAAAAACCCCGUCCUUCGGGCCUGACCGGCGCCCAUGUUCGAGACGUAUCCUACGCCGAGGCGGCUAAAUGUGGAUCUAUGCACGAGUACAACUACUUCGACAGAGUGCGCAAGGCUUUGCGGAGCCAACAUGUUUAUGACAACUUCUUGAGAUGCCUGCUGCUCUACACCAACGAGAUAAUCUCUGCGUCCGAACUGGUCUCCGUGACGGCUCCGUUCCUCUGCCGGCACGGGGAGCUGCGGCGCUGGCUGCAGGACUUCGUGAGGGCUGAACCACCGGCCGAAGCUGCUCCAUACAACAACUACAACCCCACUUCAGGCAGCUUACUCUCGUACGACCGGGAGCGGCUGGACAGCAAGCAGAGGCUGGAGCCGAUAGGCGCGUUGGCUGCCCAGUUGAGACAUGACAGGCCGCAGGGCGACGCCGCUAUGGAUAUCGAUCUGAGCACGUGCAAGCGGCUGGGCACGUCGUACUGCGCGCUGCCGCGGGGCUCCGCCGAGGCCGCCUCGCGCCGCUGCAGCGGACGCACUGCGCUCUGCAAGGAGGUGUUGAACGACACAUGGGUAUCAUUCCCGUCAUGGAGCGAAGAAUCUACGUUCGUGACCAGCCGCAAGACGCAGUAUGAAGAGUACAUCUACAGGUGUGAAGACGAGCGGUUUGAGCUGGACGUAGUAAUCGAGACCAACGCGGCCACCAUCCGCGUGCUAGAAGGCGUGCAAAAGAAGCUAUCCCGAAUGUCGGCAGAAGACGCAGCUAAAUACCGCCUCGACGACUGCCUCGGCGGACACUCGCCGACCAUACACCAGAGGGCGCUGCGCAGGAUCUAUGGAGACAAGGUGGCGGUGGACAUCAUCGCGGGGCUCAAGAAGAACCCCGUAGUAGCCGUGCCAGUGGUGCUGCGCCGGCUGAAGGCCAAGGAGGAGGAGUGGAGAGAGGCGCAGAAGGGCUUCAACAAACAAUGGCGGGAGCAAAACGAAAAAUACUACCUAAAAUCCCUCGACCAUCAAGGCAUCAACUUCAAGCAGAACGACCUGAAGGCUCUCCGCUCCAAGAGUCUGUUCAACGAGGUGGAGAGCGCGUUCGCGGCGCGCAAGCCCGGCCCGCACGUGUGCGUGGACUACGGCAUGAGCAGCCGCCAGGAAGCGAUCAAGAUAGUGCGCGACGCGGCCGAGCUCCUCAUCCACCACGCGCGGCGCCAGACCGCCAUCCAGAAGGCGGAGAAGCGGCGGAUCAAGCAGCUGCUGAGACAGUUCCUGCCCGAGCUGCUGAGCCACCCGCCGCAGCCGCUGUCUGACGACGAGCGGGACGACGAGGACAAGGAGGAGGCGGCGUCGCCAGAUAGUGCUUCGCCCGAUGACGCAGAUGAGAAGAUUAGCAGCGGAGUCAAGAUUGAGAAGGAGCAGUCGUCUGAGAGCGACAACAACUCUGACAAGAGCACAAAACACAACAAGAACAACAAGGAGAACACGCCGAAAAACAACAACAACACGGAGAGUAAAGACAGCACAAUAACGUCGAACGCGGUGAAGCGCAGCAGCAGCAACGAGGAGGCCAAGUCCGACAUCAAGAGCGAGCCCUCGGAGGUGGAGGACGACUACAGAGAUCAUCCGCCCAAUGAAGCCCGCUUCGUCUGCACAGCCUCCUGGUACCUCUUCCUGCGUCUCCACGGAGCCCUAUGUCAACGGCUAGCGGGCGCGCGCCACGCCGCCGCCGCCGCGCCCGCGCCCUCCGCCUCCGCCACCGCUAAUGCGCUGCGACUGAAGCCUAAUAACUUACCAGCGGAUGUGACGUCACCGUCGGAGUACUACAACGCGCUAUUAGAACUGGUGAAGAAUGUUCUAGAUGGCAAUAUGGAGCCUUCGGCGUUUGAAGACGCCGCGAGGGAGAUGUUUGGCAUCAAGGCGUAUCCGGCGUACACGCUGGACAAGAUCGUGUCGUAUGCUGUUAGACAGCUCCAGCACUGCGUCUCAGAAGUGUGGUCCGUCAGAGCGGCGGAGCUGUUCGCGCGCGGGCGCCGCGGGGGCUACGUGCGCCGCGCCGUCGCCGCGCUCACCCACCACCAUGCCGCCUUCUUAGUGAGAGCUUACAGCGGAGACGAGUGCAAGAUGACGUUUGAACUACUAGAGGGAGCGGGAGACGGGCGCACUUCACCUACGCUCAACAACGACUCCUCCAGACUGUCGCCCACUAGCCAGUCCCGAGUCCCCACCAACGGCUCAGCAGCAGCCGCCGCCUGGGCGCUCUACUCGGAACGCUACAUGUCGCCGCGCGCGCCGUCGCCGCCGCCCGGCGCCAACAAGCCCGUGUUCCUCGCCCGCAACGCGCGGCGCGGCGGCGGCGGCGGCGGCGCCAACUUAGCCCCCGGCGGCGGCGCGGCACACUCGCACCAUGCGAGGCAUAAGAGGAAACCGACGGUCGCGGAUUUACAUGAUUGCUGCUUGAGCAAUCGGUUGAGGUUACUAGCGGCCCGCCCCCACCACCUGUACCGGCGCGGCUGCCUGAAGGCGGCUCGAGACUCCCAAGAACGCUUACAAGCACGCCGCCGCCGCCGCUUCCACGCCUGGCUGCGGCGACGGUCUACCGACACGUAGACUUAACUUAGACUUGGGAUGUGUCGCCAGAUGAAGGAUGCAGAAGUGAAUUGGAGCGGGGCUUUGAAAAACGGCUUGUUUCGGGUUUAGAUUUUCAUUCUUUGAGCGAUUAUAAUUCGGUUAAAAGUACCGGAAAAAGUUGUUUUGAAAAGUCUUUCUGGAGGAUUUGAUGGCGACAUUGAAGAAGUGUAAUGUUAGUUUUGAUGGUCGCGCCUCGUGUGCGAGUCGUGUGUGAAGAGUGGUGUUAUGAGUUUGGAUGGCAGACGGUGAAAUGCUGUAUUUUGAUUGGUUGCUUAGAAAGCCUUUGCAUUCAAACUCGUACAGCGGAUUUCGGACGUGAAUCGCUUAUGAGGUGCGGCCAUAAGGCUCAAUGUAGGUUGUAACCUAUGUGUAAAGGGGAUAUGGACUGCAUUCGCUGACAUUAUUAAAAAUAUAUUGGGCUGGGGCUUUGUGAAUAUAGUCUUAUUUCGGUAACAUUAGUUUACUUGAGAAUUGUGAUGUCACAUCUCACAGCCACUAAAUAAGAAAGAGAUUUGUAAAGUUUGUCGAGAAGCUAAGACAGUAUUGUAAAUUUAAUGAAAGCUUCAGCCCAAUAGCCGUCGUUUCUAAAAGUAGUUUAUUUAAUUUAUUGUGCGUACACGCCCCGGCGUUGAGGUAACAGGGUGAUGCAUUUUAACGUUCUCGAAUAGCAAACGACGGCUUUUGAUUAUGAUAUGAAAGAUGAGUAUUUUUCGGUGACAUCACGUUUUAGUGGUGCACUUUUAACUGUAGUUGAUGAUGAUGAUGAGUCCAUGUCCCUGAAACGAGGGACUAAAACGAUCUCUUCUGUUUUAAAGUACAGUGUAAUUAUUUUGUUGUACAUAUUAGUAAGGCGAGUGCAAGUGUUUUUUGUAGUAUAAAGAAGGAAAUGUUGAAGAACCAAUGUUUGUUAAUUUGUAAAAAAAAAUGACUUGUCAAGAGGAAUAAAUAUUAUUAUAUUUAUAAUA